AUGAAAUCCAGGAAAGUACUGAAGCACAAUUCCCUCAUACAAGAGGUAAAACCACCGAGUUGCUAGUCAGUAAUGUCAGUGUCAUUUAUUUCACUUGAGUUAAAAGUAUCAGUUAAGCAUUAGUCAGUUUGACAACAACCACAGUACUGAGAAAAUGGAGUCCCAAGUCAUUAAGUUAAAUUGCUUGAGAAAAACUUAGGCAACUGUUCAAAAGGCUCAUACAAUGACGUUACUAGCCUGCGUUGCAGCCAGCCCACCCACUCGUCUAAACCCUUCGUACAGAAGCUUUAGAGCGUCUGCAACGCAGGCAAUGACGUUUCCAGACUCAUUCAUUCCAGAGAUUUUAAUGUUCUAUCAAUUUGAUUGUUUUUGGUGUUGCGAAUGGUUGCGAUAACCAAAUAGCGUAAUACAAAAGAUGAAACGACACUGACUAACACCGACACGACAGCACAAAAGCAAACCAACAAACACACCCGCCAAUCUUGGGAGACAGUUACUACCGUCGGUUGCAUCUAAGCGUGAACACGAGACAAAAAAGACAUGUUCUAAUUAGGGUGCCAGAUAUGACGUGUUUUGCCGCUAAACAUUUGAAGUUUGACAGUCGUUAAAGCAAACUGUUACGGCAAAGGUAAGUUGAUGACAGUUUUUGAUGAGCGCUUUUCGCUCAUUUCAUUUUCCUCAACUUUUACGCAUAUUCGUCGCUCAGAAACAGCACACUUGCCUCCAGAAAUUGCUAUUCACGUCUAAAAAUUCUUGCGAAGAAUAUUUUGUAGAGCGAAAACAAAUGAAGUCGACAUCAGCCGCCUACCCCAGACGUCGAAUGUUUGGCGGCAAAACACGUCAUGUUUGUACCCAAUUUGAGCGUGUUCUUUGCUCACGUGUACACACUUAGAUGCAACCGACGGUAUUAAGGGACACGCGAUGGCGUAGUCACAAUCAAGUUAGCCUAACAUAACGUAUAAACCGUGAACUUAUGGUUUUCUCUGUUCUCUCCGGUAAUCCUCGAAUAAUGUUUCAGUAGUGUUGAGUAAUUAUUGUUAUAUUUUAACGAAAUGUAAUUUUGAAAAUUCAGUGACGUGUAAAGUAGUACAUGUAGAUCUUAGAGGCGGCAAAGAAGCUCUGCGCUAAUGGUGAGAACGCUGUUUUCUUUCUCAUUUUCGAAUUUAACCCAACGUUUCUUUCUUUUUCAAUCAGGUAAUAAGUCAGUCAAGUGCUCGUUUCACUCCCAGCGUUGCCAUGAUCAAGGUACGAUAACUUUUUUUUUUCUUGUCUUGGACAGCACCCUCCAAAUAAUGGCAUUUUGUACUCAAAGUACUUUUACAGGGGGACAAGGCUGGCGCAGUGGUGAGAGCUCUCGCCUCCCACCAAUAUGGCCCAUGUUUUAAUCCUGGCGUCGACGCCAUGUGUGGUUGGAGUUUGUUGUUGGUUCUCUCUUUCCCAUCUCCUUAAAAACCAACAUUUGCAAAUUCCAAUUCAAUCUUGAACGCACGGACAAGAUUCAAGGAGUUCUCGUGAACGCCUAAGUGCUCCGUGGGUAAACAAAUUACAAUUAAUUACAAUUACAUUUAAAGUUUAAAGUGCCAAUGUGGGAAUCCAAGGUGGGAAAGGGAGGCAACUUGAAAACGUUGGCCUGCCCACUUUGCCCUGCCUGUCACUUUGCCCUUCCUGUCAGUUUAAAUUAUUCAAUGAUCGUGCACACUCGCCACAAAAAGAAUAUCGAUUUCUCUGCGCUCACGUUCCAUCGAGCACUAUCCCCCACUUCUUAUUACCAGCCAGUUACAUUGUGCUUUUGGAAAGUGAAAUAAAACAACGUUCAUUAAUUUGCGAAGAAGCGUCGAAGUGCUUGUUGAAGUAUGAAGUGUCGAAGUGCCAGUUGAAAAGUUCGAGUCUUACCCAGGAAAUGAUGUUUUUGUUAAAAUUUGAGGAAUUUUAACUUUCUUUCAGAAAUGCAUCGAGGCACUGAUAGACAAACAAUACUUGGAAAGACGCGAGGGAACAAAGGAUGAGUAUACGUACAUGGCAUGA